AGACAGCCUCUCUGACCAUGGUACUGUGACUGCAGCAGCCCAGAGUGACCAUCACAGCAGACAACCACUCUGACCAUGGUACUGUGACUGCAGCAGCCCAGAGUGACCAUCACAGCAGACAGCCACUCUGACCAUGGUACUGUGACUGCAGCAGCCCAGAGUGACCAUCACAGCAGACAGCCACUCUGACCAUGGUACUGUGACUGCAGCAGGCCAGAAUGACCAUCACAGCAGACAGCCUCUCUGACCAUGGUACUGUGACUGCAGCAGCCCAGAGUGACCAUCACAGCAGACAGCCACUCUGACCAUGGUACUGUGACUGCAGCAGCCCAGAGUGACCAUCACAGCAGACAGCCACUCUGACCAUGGUACUGUGACUGCAGCAGGCCAGAAUGACCAUCACAGCAGACAGCCUCUCUGACCAUGGUACUGUGACUGCAGCAGCCCAGAGUGACCAUCACAGCAGACAACCACUCUGACCAUGGUACUGUGACUGCAGCAGCCCAGAGUGACCAUCACAGCAGACAGCCUCUCUGACCAUGGUACUGUGACUGCAGCAGCCCAGAGUGACCAUCACAGCAGACAGCCACUCUGACCAUGGUAAUGUGACUGCAGCAGCCCAGAGUGACCAUCACAGCAGACAACCACUCUGACCAUGGUACUGUGAUUGCAGCAGGCCAGAGCGACCGUCACAGCAGACAACCACUCUGACCAUGGUACUAUGACUGCAGCAGCCCAGAGUGACCAUCACAGCAGACAGCCACUCUGACCAUGGUACUGUGAUUGCAGCAGGCCAGAGCGACCGUCACAGCAGACAACCAGUCUGACCAUGGUACUGUGACUGCAGCAGGCCAGAGCGACCAUCACAGCAGACAACCAGUCUGACCAUGGUACUGUGACUGCAGCAGGCCAGAGCGACCGCCACAGCAGACAACCACUCUGACCAUGGUACUGUGACUGCAGCAACCCAGAGUGACCAUCACAGCAGACAGCCACUCUGACCAUGGUACUGUGACUGCAGCAACCCAGAGCAACCGUCACAGCAGACAACCACUCUGACCAUGGUACUAUGACUGCAGCAGCCCAGAGUGACCAUCACAGCAGACAGCCACUCUGACCAUGGUACUGUGACUGCAGCAGCCCAGAGUGACCAUCACAGCAGACAGCCACUCUGACCAUGGUACUGUGACUGCAGCAGCCCAGAGUGACCAUCACAGCAGACAGCCACUCUGACCAUGGUACUGUGAUUGCAGCAGGCCAGAGCGACCGUCACAGCAGACAACCAGUCUGACCAUGGUACUGUGACUGCAGCAGGCCAGAGCGACCAUCACAGCAGACAACCAGUCUGACCAUGGUACUGUGACUGCAGCAGGCCAGAGCGACCGCCACAGCAGACAACCACUCUGACCAUGGUACUGUGACUGCAGCAACCCAGAGUGACCAUCACAGCAGACAGCCACUCUGACCAUGGUACUGUGACUGCAGCAACCCAGAGCAACCGUCACAGCAGACAACCACUCUGACCAUGGUACUAUGACUGCAGCAGCCCAGAGUGACCAUCACAGCAGACAGCCACUCUGACCAUGGUACUGUGACUGCAGCAGCCCAGAGUGACCAUCACAGCAGACAGCCACUCUGACCAUGGUACUGUGACUGCAGCAGCCCAGAGUGACCAUCACAGCAGACAGCCACUCUGACCAUGGUACUGUGACUGCAGCAGGCCAGAUUGACCAUCACAGCAGACAGCCUCUCUGACCAUGGUACUGUGACUGCAGCAGCCCAGAGUGACCAUCACAGCAGACAGCCACUCUGACCAUGGUACUGUGACUGCAGCAGCCCAGAGUGACCAUCACAGCAGACAGCCACUCUGACCAUGGUACUGUGACUGCAGCAGGCCAGAAUGACCAUCACAGCAGACAGCCUCUCUGACCAUGGUACUGUGACUGCAGCAGCCCAGAGUGACCAUCACAGCAGACAGCCACUCUGACAAUGGUACUGUGACUGCAGCAGCCCAGAGUGACCGUCACAGCAGACAACCAGUCUGACCAUGGUACUGUACCUGCAGCAGGCCAGAGCAACCGUCACAGCAGACAACCAGUCUGACCAUGGUACUGUACCUGCAGCAGGCCAGAGCAACCGUCACAGCAGACAACCACUCUGACCAUGACUCAUGCUCAUCAUUAAGCUUUAUGGGCUGGCUCAUAGAGACAGAGUGACACACCAUGUCCAAUACACUGCUCUCUCGCUGUUGCUUCAACUGGCUCUGAUGACCGUCCAAUGGGAGUCUGUUAAUCCUCUGAUUGCAGAUGUGCUGGAGGGGAAGAGUGCCAUCCUCCUGGGGAUGAGUCAGUGGAACUCCAACGACCUGGUGGAGCAGAUCGAGACCUUGGGACACAUGGACCGAUCACAAGAGAGCCUCUAUCGCCUGGGGCGUCCUCGCUGUGUCCCUCAGAGCAGCAUUGACGGGUUAGAGGACAUGGAGAAGACCCAGUGUAAGACCCACGUGUUGCUGCUGGUGAUGCAUGGUGGGAACAUCCUGGAUACGGCAGGGGGAGACCCUGGCACCAAGGCUGGCGAUGCUACCACGCUGUCCUCCGUGCUGGAGAAGGUGGCCCGGGCACACUUCCAGGCCGCUGCAGAACAUGUGAUGAUCAAGCUAGUGGCCUGCCCAGCUGUGUGUGCCGAGGCCUUCUCCCUCGUCUCCAAUCUGAACCCGUACAGCUAUGACGAGAGCUGUGUGUCCAGCAGCGUUGACCACCUGCCCCUGGCUGCCCUCCCGCUCCUUGCCAUCGCAGCACCAAACUACCAGGACGCCGUGGCAACUCUCAUCACCCGCACCAACCAGGUCUACCACAGCUUCCUCGAGUCCCAGGACGGACAGGGCUUCACUGGCCAGGUGUGUGUGAUGGGCGACUGUGUGGGAGGUGUGCUGUGCUUCGACGCCCUGUGUUUCAGCAACAGCAGUAGUAGUAGCCAGAGGCAGCAUAGCAGCCCCAGCCACAGCAGCAGCAGGAACAACAGCACUGAGAGCCUCAAGGAUAACCCUGAGGACAGCCCCUGUCACAGCCCCAGCCUGGGCCUCAGCUCCAGUAAGAGGCUGAGUAAGAGCAACAUUGAUAUCUCGGCAAUGCCCAGCGAUGGACACAGCCAGGCCAGACAGCCCCUCAGCAGGAAACAGAGCGACUCGUACGAUGGAGACACAUCUACAGGACAACACAGCUUCUUCAGCAGUCUGAUGCAGGAGGGGGUGGACCUGCGUCCUGGCAGCAGCAGCAGUCUGAUUUUGAACCCAGGGAGGUUUGACUUUGAGGUCUCUGAAUGUUUCCUGCUGGGCUGUCCACUUGGCCUGGUGCUGGCCAUGAGACGUACAGUACUGCCUGCUGUCCAGGUAAGCCAACUCCGUCCUGCCUGCACCCAGAUCUUCAACCUGUUCUACCCCUCGGACCCCUCUGCCUCCAGACUGGAGCCCCUGCUGGAGCCCCUCUUCCACAAGCUGCCCCCCUUCCCCAUGCCACGCUACCAGCGCUACCCCCUGGGAGACGGACGCUGCACACUAAUAGCUGAUGGUAUCCAGAGCCACCCAGAGGUGUUCCUGGAGGCAGAGCCCAGUCCUGGUGCCCCGACCGUGCCCCCUUCCCCUGAAACAGACAGUGGGAGGGGAGGAGGAGGGCGCAGGGCCAGUGUGUCCAGCAUGGACAGUGAGACGUCCUUCUGCUCUGUUGGCCGGAUGAGUAGUAUCAUCACCAACAUUUCCAGUAGCUGGUGGGGCUCUAAGAGAUUGGACUAUUCUCUGUAUUGUCCAGACGUGCUGACCUCCUUCCCCACUGUGGCACUGCCUCAUCUCUUCCAUGCCUCCUACUGGGAGUCCACUGAUGUAGCUGCGUUUGUGCUCCGACAGCUCAUGCGAUGUGACAGUGUGAAGACCCAGGAAGCUGACAGCAAGGACUCAGCCCCCUUCUCUCCAUCUAGCCCACGGGAGAAGUGGCUUCGCAGGAGGACGCCUGUCAAACUGAGGAAUGUGACUGGCAACCACAGGGUGAAUGAUGUCAUCACCACAGAGGAGGGACCACAGACUCUGGUUGGUCGGUUCAUGUACGGCCCCUUGGACAUGGUGACUCUGACUGGAGAGAAGGUGGAUAUUCUCCUGAUGACACAGCCCCAGUCCAGCCGCUGGGUCCACUUUGACACAGAGGUGACCACCAGUAGUGGCAGAGUGGUCUACACAAUUCCCAAGAGCAAGAAGCUGGCCACCGGGGUCUACCCUAUCAAAAUGGUGGUCAAGGGAGAUCAGACGAGUGCGGAGGCCUACCUGACGGUGCUGCCCAGGGGGAUGGAGUGUGUGGUCUUCAGCAUCGAUGGCUCCUUCGCUGCUAGCGUCUCCAUCAUGGGCAGCGACCCUAAAGUCCGUCCCGGAGCUGUGGACGUCGUCAGACACUGGCAGGACCUGGGCUAUCUUAUCAUCUACAUCACAGGGAGGCCAGACAUGCAGAAGCAGCGUGUGGUGUCAUGGCUGUCCCAACACAACUUCCCCCAGGGCAUGAUCUUCUUCUCUGAGGGCCUGGUCCACGACCCACUGAGACAGAAAACCAUCUUCCUCAGGAACCUAGUGCAGGAGUGUCACAUUAAGAUCAACUCAGCCUAUGGCUCCAUGAAGGACAUCUCCGUGUACAACAUGCUGGGUCUGAGUCCUUCCCAGAUUUAUAUUGUGGGCAGGCCUUCCAAGAAGUACCAGAAUCAAUGUCAGUUCCUAAGUGAUGGCUAUGCAGUGCACCUCUCCUCACUGCAGUUUGGCCACCGGGCCAGACCCAAGAAGCUUUCCUCAGUACGCAUGGUCCUGAGGAAAGGCUCCUUUGGCCUCUCUGCCAAACCUGACUUCCUGUGUAAACGCACCCACCUGAGGAGAACCAUGUCUGUCCAACACCCUGAUCCUCCCUGCACCCCCAACCCCAAGCCUGAGCGGGCCCAGAGCCAACCAGAGUCUGACCAGGACCCCGGGGGAGGAGGAGGGGGCGGCGGCCAUGGUGUCUGGGGACGGGCCUCCAUGCACCGUGGAGAAACGACACCCUGACGGACAGAGAGAGAUGGAGGGAUGAUGGAAGAGGAGGAGGACAGGGGUCUCAGUGUCCAGGGUCAAGGGUCAAGUGUCGUCACCUAUAUUGGAUCUUCUGCUGGUAUCAGUUGUGUUAACCUCCUGCUUGGCUGCUUGGCCCUCUACACUUCUUUAACAGCUGCCCUUCUCCACUCCCAGGACUCAGUAGAUGAUGUUCCUCAAGCUUUCUCCUCAUGCUUGAAACAGCCAUGGAUUCAUCCUAAUGCUGUCUCUCAAGCUCAAAUUAUGUCCAACGUGGCAAAAGUUUUUUCAGUGGCAGUGCUAAUGAAUCAAUGUGUUAUCGUUUGUCAAGCUGAGAGAGAGAGACACUUUGGUCAUUUGUAAAAUGGUGCAGAAACAUUUGCUGCAGAAUGUUAGAUCAACACACAGAUGCAACCAGAGUCAUAUGCCAGAAGACUCCCUCUCAUCCCCCACUGGGAAUAGGAACAGGGAAGAUCCUGUUGAAACCUAUGGAGGAAUGUUCUAGCCCAAGCAAUACACCACCAGGAGAUGUUCCAGACAGUGUGUUCAUUGACCUGCUUUGUUGACAGGUGGCAAAGCUACACCGACUGACAAUUAUUCUCUAUGUAAAUAGGACAGACAUCUUGUCCCUCUCUAUGGUCUGUGUCCCCAGGAUUGCUGUGGGGCCUCUGGCUGCUUCACGCUGGGGACAUUAACCUUAUGUUCCUCAGCCCAGCUGACCUGACCUAACCCCACUCCAGCCUCCACCCUAUAGCCAUCCAUCCAUCUCUCCCUCUCUCAUUCAGUCAGUCAUUGAGUCAGAACAUGGCUUCAGACAGCAGCCUGGUAAGGGGUCCAUGGCCACUGGUUGCUCUGACUUGCACUGUACAAGUACUACAGUAUACCGUGGUGCUUGGUGGGCUAUAGUUCUGUGGAAUGCUGUUACUCCUGCUGGCUCAGAUACGAUAGCGGGAUUUUCUUGCUGUUGUGAUCUUAUAUCGGUCCGCAGAUGUUGAACUACAUGUUUUACUCCUUCCCUGUCGAGGUUCUGGGCUCGUAUGAUAUGCUUUCUAAAGCUGUUUGAGGGAAGGCUUGUACUGAAUUGACUGAAAUUGUUUACAGGUUGGUGAUGAGAUAGACACAGCCAUCAGAGUAGUCAUGACGACCUCUCAUGAGGAAUGAUGAAAUCAAUGAUUUGAUUUUGUUAUGGUCAAAAGUCUACGACAUGGACCUGACAGUUGGAAGAGAAUACGUCCUGUUAACAUUAUAUCUUGCAAUAGAUCCUAGCUUUCUAGUCAGGUGAAAUAACAUCAUUCAGAAUGCGAUAGUUAGCAUCCAUUUUAGGAAAGCUACAUCUUGAACUGUGAGGGUCAUUGGGACUAAUGAAGGGGCAUGUCUAUUGAUAUGAGAUACCAUGUCACCUUAUCAUACAUUGUACUAUGGUGGGUUUGGAAAAGAUCUCACCUCUCUGUGCAACACAUAUUUUUCUAUGAUGAAAAACUGUGUGCAGAAAUAUUUUAAAAGUGUGUUUUUUAAACUUUGUUGUUUAAUGUGACUGAUAGUUACUUUUGCCUUAAUAUCUAUUUUGUUGUUGUGUAGAAUAAUGAAAAUGAUAUUACUAACCUAAUUGCUUGACCAAAGUAUGAGUUUGACAUUCAUAAGAAAGUACAUUGUAUCUACUUGAUAUUUUGUCUUGUAUACAUUUGAAGUAUAUGCUGGAAUGGAGUCAUGCUUCAUGUAUGCACUGUGUGUGUGUGUGUGUGUGUGUGUGUGUGUGUGUGUGUGUGUGUGUGUGUGUGUGUGUGUGUGCGUGUGCGUGCGUGCGUGCGUGCGUGCGUGCGUGCGUGCGUGCGUGUACGUUUCUGUAUAAUCAAGUAUUUAUGGUGUAAAUACCUGGAGCUCCAAUGUGCCCCUGAACAUGAAAGUAAAGACCAUGUAUUCUGGAAGGAGAAGUCGAAGGUUGUUCAGUGUUGCCUGUUAAAAGCAGGAGUAUGGUUCAGAUUUAAGAUGAGUGUUUCACCAAGGAUUACACUGGCAGGGUUUUUAUAACUGUCAAGAAAGGGCGAGAGCUUUAGCAAUGCCUCGGGGUUUAGUUUCAAACCCAUUGACUGGAGAAGAAUCUCUGUUGGUUGAAAUCAGAAGCUUUGAAAGAGAGUGUGAGAGAGAGAUAGAGAGAGUUGUUUGCUUUCCUCUUUUGUUUAACCACAUUGAGUAAAACAGCUUUGGGACAGUAUCUAAGCUUACUAAACUAAUGACAGAACAUUAGCUAUAUUUAAAAUAUGAAUGUAAAAAAGUCCCAGUAACUCCAUCCCUAUAAUAAUGUCAAUAACAUACCAGCAACAAUGUCCUGGUCUGGGUGAAUACUGUUGAUAGGAUGAUAUACAGUUUGACUUGUGAUUUGUAUCUUGAUCACGACAAUGUCAUCUGAUCAUUCCCAUCAAUAUAAUGUGUUGUACACGGUAUGAUAAUGUAUUUUCGACGACACUACCAUAGGCGUUGUACACUAAGACAUUUACAAUGAUUCUGAUUUCAGCUGGCCUGUUUCCUAUAAAAUGUGGUGUGAAAGGAAAAAAUAAAUUGCCAAUAUUUUACAUAAUUUCUGUAAAUUAAGUUAUAUUUGUUUAUUGAUUGUCAUGCUAUUCUAUCUUGAGGUAAACUAUAUGGUCAGAGUUGCACUUCUGCAGAAAACCAAUAGAACAUUUUGUUCAGAUUUAAUGUAGUGGAAACAUGUGUUUAUGUGAUAUGGUUUCCUGUAAUUGUGUUCUUGGACUUCAACCAUCUCUCACUAUCUUGUCAGUAAUAAAAAGAAAAAGUGCACAGA